AUGGCAGAUCAACACCAAGAUCCCCAGCAAGUCUGGAAUGCUGGCCUCGACAACUUCGACUACCGGUCCAGCAAUCCCCACUCGGCCUCCUCAGCCCCAACCUCUGCUGCACCCGCGCCCGCGCCUGCACCCGCAUCCGCGCCAGCCUCAGGUACGGGAACAGGACCACGAUCAGCAUCAGGGUCGCCCUCCCAGUACUCCCUCGCCAACGGCACCGCUGCCCCCGGUCCCAACACCGAUACCAUCACCACCUCAGCCCCCGACCCGGGCUUCUCCGACUUCGCUGCCUCUACCGCCUGGACCGAAUCUAAUCAAUUCACCCCUCCCCUUGGCCCCAGCGACGGCGAGCCUUUCGACGGCCUGAACCUGUUCCCUGACAAUUGGAACGUUCCGACUGCCACCUUUCCAAACCAAUCUCUACAGUACCGACCUAGAGCAGACGGACUUCCAAAUUUCACCAACCCGCCGGCUCUCCAUCUCCAGAACGGCGAGCUCUUCAACGCCUUCAUGAACAGCGCCGCGGCCAACCCUGGCGACUCAUCGUCUGGUCAAGGUCCUGUCGUGGGAGGCAUGUCGACUCUGACACCAGCUCAGGAGGAGCAGCUCAGGAACAUCGCCAUGCCGCCCCAUUUGCAAUACCAGUCCCCCAAGAGCGAGCCCAGUCAAUUAAGCCCACAGUCGAGCAACGGCGAUGGCCACAAGGGAGGCUCUCCGGACCCCUCGAAGCCAGGCAGCCGCAAGCGCAAGUCCUCGGCCGACUUUGACGACUUGGAUGACGAUGACGACGACGAGAGCCAGCAGCCUGUCAAGAAGACCGCUCACAAUAUGAUUGAGAAACGGUAUAGGACUAAUUUGAACGACAAGAUUGCCGCACUUCGCGACAGUGUUCCAAGUCUGCGAGUUCUGUCCAAGAGUGCAAGGGGAGAAGACACUACCGAGGACAGAGAAGAACUACACGGCCUCACGCCUGCACACAAACUAAACAAAGCUACAGUAUUGAGCAAGGCGACCGAGUACAUCCGCCAUCUCGAGAAGCGGAAUAAUCGCCUCAACGAUGAGAACAGCGCCAUGCAGCAAAGAAUUUCGGCUUUCGAAAAGUUGUUCAUGGCUAGUGCUAUGAACGGCACCAUGAGCCCUGUCCAGAACCAGAACUCGCCCAUGCAAUUUGGGCAGGACGCUUCUCAAUUCAUGAACACGCCAGUGGGAACUCCAAGGGGGUUGGAUCCCCAAGGAAUGAUCCCGGUGCCCGAUGACAUGAAGCGCAUCAUCAGUGCGCAAUUAGCUUCUGGACGACCAUAUCCCGUUCCACAGCAACAGUUCCAGCAGAACCCAGCCAUCAUGCGACAGCAACAGAUCCAGCAGCAGCAGCAAAUGCAAGCCAAUCGCUGGCAGGGCGCAAGUCCAUACAUUGGCAAGUUCAUGGUCGGGUCGCUAGCAGGAUUGAUGAUCCUCGAGGCAGCCCGCGAGAAUGAGCAGAGCAACGAGUCGCCAGAGGGCCGUGGGCUCUUCGCUGUUCCUCUGCAGCUCUUGGGUCCAUUGGUGGCACGUUCACAUGUCAGCAUCGCCGGAUAUUCAUUCUCCCUAUAUCAAACCAUAUCCACGAUCAAGUCUCUACUGCUCCUUGGCGCUCUGCUCUGGGUAUUCGUGCCCUCUCUCUUCGCACCUAGGCCACCGAAGACGGACAAGACGGCGCAGAUCAACAACGCGAACCUCAAGAAGGUGCCAUCCCUGGCCUCGCCCAUUCACGUGCGGAGACAGGCCUGGCUCACGGCCAUCCAAACUGUCUGGGUGCCUCGGCAUAACUUCUUCCUCGAAGCAGCCGCCCUGAUCUUGAAGACGAUGAAGCUUAGCCUGCGAAACAUGAUGGCCAGAGUCAAGGCUUGGACAAUCGCCCUGGAUGCGCAGUUGGCUGGAGGAGACGUUGAAAUCAACAAGAGCCGCCUGACUUUGACACUACUUGCAGCUAAGACCCUUCCAGACACGCCUCUGCGACUGAUGCUGAACGCUCUUCAUAUCCGCGUCUUGCUCUGGCAGCUGGGCAAGCAGGGUCUCCACAAUAUUUUGGCUGCCAAGCUGGCCAGAUCAAGGUGGAAUGAGGCGAGACAACUGUACCGGCUGAACAACUCCCUCCGUCGGAACGACUUCGCAUCAUCCGAUGACGAACUUCCAGAGCACCUCGCUGUGCUUCUUGAGCAAGACUGUGACGACGUUCUCAAUGACGACAUUGUGCAGCGUGCGAACAACCUAGCAUGGAACCGCCCAACGAUGCACAACAUCGAUUCUGAUGUUGACGGUAUGAAUGCCGUUGUCGAGGACCCAGCCGUACGAUCUCCUAUGGACGCUGUCGCUGCCUGGUGGUCGAGCCUUAUGCUGCAACGAGUACUAUCAGCCAGCCUAGCAGAGGUCGAGGACAAGACUGCACAGGCCAAGCUAACGGGCGAUGACCUCAACCUGGCCGUCAAGGUAGCACCUAUCGGUUCAAACGCCCAGGUGCGCGCUCUUGUCGCCAAAGCUGUGCUCGUUGAAGAGAAGCGAGGGGCACACAUCGCCACUACCUUGAAGGCCAUGGGACCGAGCCUGAAUCCCGACAAGCACCCCCGAUACAGCCAAGGAGUCCCGCCCCUGAUCGACUCUCCCAUGUCAUUCAUUGUUCCAGAUCCUGACGUUCAGAUGGCCUUGCGCUGCAGUAUGGCCAUUGCACACCUCGAACGCUACGAGACUCCACCCCACAGCGCUUUGUCGAUCAUCGACGGCAUCCUUCCUGAAUCGACAGAGGGGCUUUCACUACUUGGCUGCACGGCAGCUUUCUUCAUGGUGGAGCGCCUGCACAACCACGCAGUCGCUGCAGAGGCAUGCGCCACAUCUCUUGAACGUCUCGCGGGCACAUUGAGGAUCUGGAUCGGCAGCGAGGAGGGCGACAGACCAGGACUAGACCGUGAACUCCGACAAAAGCUGGUGGAGAGAUGUCUCAAUGUGACCAAGAGUAUAGUCGGCAUGGCUGAAGAUCAAGGCUAUGCAACGAUGAGCGAGUGCGAUAGCGAUGACAGCAUGUGCGAUUCGGUUGGUGUUUGA